GCGCGGCAAGCGGCUCCCUGCGCCCGGUUGUUGUGUUGGUUCGCAUUGCAGGCGGGCUCGAGGUGACAAAUGUCUGACCCUGGAAUCGGGGACUGUAGUGCCCUGGGCUCCGCAGGUGAUGAAAGCUGACUUACUUCAUUCUAAAAUCCCACUGCAUUUUCAAAUUGGCGAGUUCAUCACUCUCUGAACGUUAACUGCAUUGCUGUUUGUUUUUGUUUGGGCGAGGGGUCUGCUUUUCAUGCAUCUGGGUCACAUCCAAGCCAGACCAGGACAAGACAGACGAUUUUCUGCCCGAAAAAGGGGUAUUAGUGAACCAAAUGGGAGAGAACAGUUCGCUAGGCACUCCGUGCAAUCUCUUCCACCGUGUUGGGGUUGUUUAGGGUUGACGAGCCAGCUAAGGUUUUCUUUCGUUCAUUGAAAGUUAUCGAAGUUCUUUAAUCAACAUGUGUGUGAAUUACGAUUUUACUACCUCAUAUAAAUUUGAGAGAGUCCCUUUGUUGCAGUGAGCUGGAUAUUCUUCUGGUACUUAAAAGCAACAUUGCUGGUGUUGAUUUUAUUUUCUAGCGAUCAUGCCUGUAGUUAGAAGACUCUUAAGAAAACGAUACUUGCCCUGGAAACUUGUACUUGUAGCUCUUGUGUUUAUUACAUUUAUAUUUCUGAUGCAUAGGGAAGUAGUUGGGACUACUACACAAGAGCCAUGGUUGAAAGAAAUGGUAGUAAAGAAAGAUAAAGUGUUGAACAUGAUGAUGGGAGCAGUGAACAAUCUAAGAGACUCUAUUCCAAAAAUGCAAAUACGAGCACCUAUCAGACAGCAAGACUCAACAGACAUCAAAAAGCCUUGUUUGCCAGGAUGUUACACAGCAGUAGAAUUGAAACCUUUCAUGGAACGGCCACCUGAGGAUUCAAAUGCUCCCGGAGCUUCUGGGAAGCCAUUUCACACUGAUAAUCUCUCCCCUGAAGAACAGAAGGAAAAAGAUCAAGGAAAUGAAAAACACUGCUUCAAUGCUUUUGCAAGUGACCGAAUUUCUUUACACAGAGGCCUUGGACCUGACACACGACCACCUGAAUGCAUUGAGCAGAAAUUUAAGCGUUGUCCGCCCCUGCCUACUACUAGUGUGAUUAUAGUGUUUCACAAUGAAGCUUGGUCUACUCUACUCCGAACUGUGUUCAGUGUAAUGCAUACUUCACCUGCUAUAUUUUUGAAGGAAAUAAUUAUGGUGGAUGAUGCAAGUACAGAUGAUUACUUAAAGGAUCAAUUAGAUAAUUAUGUGAAGCCAUUUCAAAUAGUUAAAGUUGUUCGGCAGCGGGAAAGGAAGGGAUUAAUUACUGCAAGGUUGCUAGGAGCCUCAAUAGCAACAGGAGAGGUCCUGACUUUCUUGGAUGCACACUGUGAAUGCUUCAAUGGUUGGUUGGAGCCUUUGUUGAGCAGAAUAGCUGAGAAUUACACAGCUGUGGUGAGUCCUGAUAUCACAAGCAUUGAUCUCCAUACAUUUGAAGUAGCAAAACCAAAUCCAUAUGGACAAAAUCAUAACAGAGGUAAUUUUGAUUGGAGUCUGUCAUUUGGAUGGGAACCCCUUCCUGACCAUGAGAAAAAGAGGAGAAAAGAUGAAACUUAUCCUAUCAAAUCGCCAACAUUUGCUGGUGGACUGUUUGCUAUCUCUAAACAAUAUUUUGAAUUCAUAGGCAGUUAUGAUGACCAGAUGGAAAUUUGGGGUGGUGAAAAUAUAGAAAUGUCUUUCAGGGUUUGGUUAUGUGGUGGACAAUUGGAAAUUCUGCCAUGUUCUGUAGUGGGCCAUGUUUUUCGCACCAAAAGUCCACAUACAUUUCCCAAAGGUACUCAAGUCAUUGCUCGCAACUUGGUUCGUCUGGCGGAAGUAUGGAUGGAUGACUAUAAGCAGAUAUUUUACAGACGAAAUCAACAGGCAAUGCAGAUGUCUAAAGAGAAAACAUAUGGAGAUAUUACUGAAAGAAUAGAUUUGAAACAGCGUCUACAUUGUCGGAAAUUCACUUGGUAUUUGAAGAAUGUUUAUCCUGAAGUGUUCAUGCCAGACAUGACUCCUGUAUAUUAUGGGGCGAUUAAAAACCUAGGUGUGCAGACUUGUCUUGAUGCUGGAGAAAAUAACCAGGGUGGAAAACACUUAAUAAUGUAUUCGUGCCAUGGUCUUGGAGGAAACCAGUAUUUUGAGUAUACCUCACUGCAUGAAAUUCGUCAUAACAUUCAGAAGGAGUUGUGUAUUCAUAAUCUAAAAGGCACUGCCUUUCUUGAAGAAUGCACGUAUAAGGGUUCAAAUAGUUUUGUUACAGCACAGCAGAAAUGGGAAUUUCAGGACCAGCAUCUAGUAAAUCAAGUUUCAAAUGAGUGCUUAACCGCAAGAGGAGACAAGCCAAAUUUGGUUCAAUGCAAUCCUUCUGAUCAAUACCAAAAAUGGAUUUUCAGCUAACAAACAAUGUUGUUUCAAAACAAAAUGAAGAUUAAGUACAUGUUUUGCAGCACAAAUGAACAAUAGUUUUUGUAACUGAAACCUGUUUAAGAACAUUCUUAGUUCUGAAAUGAAGCGUAAUACAUUCAAGUGCAAUAUAUGGUGCUAGGGUUCUUGCUGUAUUUCUUCCCAAAUGUCAAAAGACAAUUUUCAUAUUUGUAAUUUUUUUUAAUAUAGUGUAUAAUGUAGGGGCAAAAAGAGAUUUGAUCCCACUCAUUACACAUUUUAGUAAUUUUAAUGUGAGGAUAAAUGAUAAUUUACAGCUUACUGGAGUUUUCCACUUUUAUCUUUUUGGGACUUGGGUAUAUACUUGAAGUGAUCAUUUCCCUUCAUGAGAUACAAAAAAAAGUGACUGGGAAUGUAUUUUCUGCAUGAACCAAGUGAAAGUCCAUACUUAAAAAAAAAACAGGUUAUUUUUGAAAUCAUAUUUGUGUUAUUUGAUCCUUUUUGGCGUAAGUUCAUAGUUUAACAAUUACAAAAUCUGCUUCCAGCACUGAACCUCAUCUUUGGGCUAUUUAUGAGACUACUACUAAUGUUGUCACAAUGGUCAUUUUUAUUGUAAUGCAGCUAUGGUCGUAAGGGUCUUUUGUACAGAGGUGUUUAAAUUUCUUUAUAAAUAGUUUCUGGAGAGACUGAUUUAUCAAUGUUUCUUCAAACCCAAUUUUCAAUAAAAUAUUAACUUUUAUAUUAUUAA